UAAUCGUUUGCCAUGAUGCGAUAUAAAGCCAACUCUGAGAUCUGAUCCCUUGUCAUCGCUUGCGAGUUACAUCUCACAAUCUAUAAUAAAUUCAUGGCAGAAUUAUGCAAAGGUCUGGUUAGAAUUGACGAAACUACGCAAGUCACUGGAUCGUCCUCGGGAUCUGGUCGCUCCGUGACCGAACUCCUGUUGAAGAACGGAAAUAGAGUGGUUGCAACUUUACGCAGCAAAGAAGCACUGUCCGAUCUCGCCGAACAGUAUCCAUCUUCUCAGUUGUCGAUCGUCCAGACGGAUGUUGUAAAGACUUCCGAGGUUGUUGCCGCAUUCGCAAAAGCCAAAGAGGCAUUCGGACGUGUCGAUGUUGUAUUCAACAACGCGGGUAUGGCUAUUCUCGGAGAGACGGAGUCCAAGAGCGAUCAGGAUGCUCGUCAGAUCUUCGAAGUGGACUUUUGGGGUGCAUCAAAUGUCACGAGGGAGGCUAUUCAGAUAUUCGGGGAAGUGAACAAACCAAUAGAGGGAAGAUUGUUGCAGGUUUCUUCUUCGUUGGGAUUACGUGGAAGAGCUGCAGCGUCCUACUAUGCCGCAUCCAAACACGCAUUGGAAGGAUUCAGCGAGAGUCUCGCACAAGAACUGGACCUGGCUUGGAACAUAAAGGUUACCAUAAUCGAACCAGGUCCAUUCCGGACGGGGAUGUUCAAGGGUAACAUGCAACUUGUUCCUCAACAUCCAGCAUAUGCAGACCCAGAGCUACCUGGUUCUAAACUCCGCCAGUUUAUGAAUUUAACUCUGGCUGACGGAGACACUGAGAAGGCGGCGAUAGUCAUUAAGAAGCUCACUCACCUGGACGAUCCGCAACUAAGAUUUCCAUUGCACAGGCUUGCGGUCAGAGCUGGGAGAGAGAAGGCAAAGAGUCUCACUGAAACCAUAGACAGAUACGAAUCUUGGACGGAAAACGUCUACUUCACGUAG